AGCAUCAAGACCCUCCCGAAGCAGGACGAGAUGCGGGCUAAGAUCUGGGCUGAGAAGGAUCGCUUGGCUAAGAUGCAGAUGCUGGAUGAGCAGGAAGCGGCUAUGCGGAGAGAAAAAGACGAGAAGAACAGGGAAGUGAGUUGGGGUUGAAAUUAUCAAUAUGGCCUGGUGCUGUGUUAUAACGAUCUUUAUAUUCGGGAGCGUUCGAGAUAACGACCCAUACGGAAAGCUACCUAUGCGAAAGGACUGCUUCCUCCCAGAGGACUCCGGUCUGGGAGACGUCCAAUAUCAAUCAGGCUCUGCCUUGAAGGGCGGUGGUUCAUAGAGAGAGAGAAGGCCCACACGCGCAAGGCGAGCGCGUAACUUGAGGGAAAGUCCGGGUUGAUGUUUUUUUUGAAAGGACCGGGUCA